AUGAAUGAAGUACUUUUAACUAUCCUGAUGGGGACUCUUAAUUUUGUGUUAUUAAAUUUAGGUGUAUUUGGGUUAAGUCAUAUGCAUAGAUAUAAGAAAAACAUAAAAGAGAUACAACUUAUUGGUUUAGGAACUCUAACAUUUAUGUAUGUUUCUUGGAUAAUAGUUUAUCUGGCUCAAAUUAAUCCAUUUAUAGAACCUGAAAUGAUAAUUGAAUAA